AUGUAUGGAGUUUCCUAUAUGAGGAACCUAAUAAACAUGUUACCACCAUUAUUAACCAAAUUCUUGAUGCAAGAAAUAGAUGAUCCUCUUAUUCCAGGAACAAAGUGCAUGACAAAGAUUGAAUUAAAUGAUAAUUUCCCAAUGACUGCCUUUGGUGGAAGCAAAAACACAAAAGGUAUCUUAGCAUACUUGAUUACACAAGUUGAUAGUGCAAACUCACUGAUCACUCCAUUAAGACACUUUGCAAAUGGAAACAAACACAUAGAACAAGUUAGAGAUUUACUGUUUUCUGCUUCAAUUACUUUGAGAUUUUAUCUGAAUAAAACCGAUGUUGAAGUAACAACAUCUAAUUUAGUACAGAUUUCUUACAUGGUAACAAAUCAUAUAUCAAAAGUAAUUGGAUUAUCAAAAUAUGAUAAUAAUGUUCCUAAAAGCUUAGACUCAUUAACAGCUAAGAAUAAUAACAUUGAAACAACAGAGCAUUUAACACAAACUGUUGAAUUGAUCGUUCAAUAUAUCAAAGAUGUUGAUAAAAGAAACGAAGACAUAAUGUUUUACCUCAGAAUAGUUAUAAUCGUUGUCGCCUUGAUUAUUUACAUUGUUAUUUAUAAUAUCCAAAUCAGGAAAUUAAGAAGCAACAAAAUAGCUAUCUAUGACUUAUUAUCAAGCUUACCAAAGACAGUCAUUUCCAAUAUUUCUUAUUCAUUUACAAAGUUACAAAGAGAAGCAACAGCAACAACACAAUCAUUAGGAAGCAUUGCAGAAAUUGAACACAACAGACAAGAAGAAAGUAUCAUCAAAUUAUUCUCUUCUAUAAAUGAUGAACAAUCAAAAGCUUCUGUUGAAAUGUACAAUUUCUUCAACUUUAUGUUCAUUAUGGUUGCUCUAACUGCUGGAUACUAUUUAACAAUUCAAUCUUAUCUCGAUGCAUCAACAGAAGUUGUCAAUAACUGCUACCACAUCAACUAUUUGUACGGCAGCAUUGCACAUACAUUUAAGAUCAUGUCAAACAUCUUCGAUUUAGUUUGGGAGCAUUAUGAUGAAUCGUUUAGCAAUAUUGUUGUUAAUGAAACUGAAUCAUUAGAAGAAAUCGGAACAAGUCUUCCAAUUGUUGGAAAAUACCUCCAGUUACUUAGAUUAGGUGGUGAAGGAAGCAAUGAAUAUCCAUUUGAAGGAAUGAAGGAAACAGUUGAUAAAGCUUCUGUAAUUAUCGAAUGUCCAAAUCCUUUAGAACCACCAAAAAUUAUUCCUAAGAGUGCUCAUUGUUUCUCAGCUCCAGAACAGUUUUACAUGGCAAAUAUGCUGAUGAGAAGAUUCUAUGGAUUGAUGACUGCAGAGAACCCAGUUUUUGUUCUUCCAAAAGGAGAUGGCAUCACAUAUACAUGGCAAAUUGGAGCUGUUGAAUUAUAUGAAGCCUUCUUCUAUAGAGCUGGUCAAAUUCUUGUUCCAACAAUUACAUCAACAGUUAAAGCAGAAUCCACUCCACUUAUUGAAUAUUGUUUCAUUUUCAUGGUCAUUGCAGCAAUAUUCACAUUAAAUAUCAUCAGAUUAACAAGAAAGGAAGAAGUUCUUCUGAAGUUCACCAUGAACUGCUUGCUGAAAUGUCAAACAUCAAUAUUAAUGUCAAAUUCAAGAAUCAUGGAAGUAUUAAGUGGAAACUACGAAAACGCUGUUGAUGAGCAAGUAGAAAGAACACAAAAGUUCCAUAAUGAUGUUGUUAAUAAAAUUGAUGACAUCAUCAUUGUCUGCAGAGAAGAGAAUAAUACAGUAAUUGGUGUCAACACAGCAUUCGAAGAAAUGUUUGGAAUCAAACAAGAAGAAAUACAAAAUACAGAUGUUAAGAAAUUUUUCUUGGAUGGAAAAUUCACAUCAUCUGAGAAACUUGAAAAGGUUGUUUUAUCAAAGGGUUCUGUCAUUUAUACAAAAUCUAAUGGAGAAAAGGUUUAUUUAGACUUUUCUUCACAAUCUGUUGCAGGAAGAAGAAUCUACUCUGGAACAAAUCAGACACAAAUUGUUAUGCAUGAGAAAUUGAUCGAAGACGAAAAGAAGAAAUCAGAUGCAAUGUUGGCAAGUAUUUUGCCACCAAUGUUAGUUGCUCGUGUUCAAGCAGGAGAAAAGAACAUUUCUUUCGCAGUUCAAUCAGUUACGGUUUUGUUCUUGGAUGUUGUAGAAUUCACACCAUGGUGUGGUUCUCAUGAUGCUCAAUAUGUAAUGAGGAUGCUCAACAUUAUGUUCAAAGAAUUUGAUGCAAUUACUAAUGCACAUCAUACAAUGACAAAGAUCAAAUGCAUUGGUGAUUGCUAUAUGGCAGCUGGAGGUAUCUUUGAUGAAAUAAACCAACCAGCUGUACAUGCAAAAGAAGUUGUUGACUUCGGUUGCAAAGUCAUCAAGAAACUUGAAGAAAUUGAUGAAAGAGAAAACGAGAAACUCAGAAUCAGGGUUGGUAUUAACACCGGCGGUCCAAUUGUUGCUGGCGUUAUUGGAACAGAGAAACCAACUUUUGAAAUCUUAGGUCCGGCUAUUAACAUUGCUCACGAAAUGAAAAACAAAGGUGUUCCAAUGAAAGUUCAUAUUUCACGCCCAGUCUAUGAACUAAUUUAUGGACAAAACUUUGAUAUCAAAGAAAGAGGUGAAAUUGAUGUCAAAGGAGGCAAGAUGUUUACUUAUCUUGUUGAACCAUAA